AUGUGGCGGUCCGCUUGGAGGAUGAACACAGUGGGAUGGAGAUGGUACUUCAUAGCCCAAAGCCCAUUGGCAGCGCUAGCUGUUGUUCUAAUCAUCUUUAUGCUUCCUGCAAACAUAUCUGGUUAUGAUGCAGGCUCAGCUGACUCUAGUAUCGCAAAUUGUCUGAGACGGGUAGACUUCGUCGGGUUUGCUUUACUGCCUGCAUCAUUGAUUGCAUCCUUUUUAGCACUCGAUCAGGCCGGCAAACUUGCCCCCUGGCAGUACACUGUGCCUCUGGUGGUCUGCGCAGUGAUUUUACUGGCGACUUUUUGGUAUAUCGAGAAGUAUUACGCCCAAGAACCAGUCAUUCCUACGGAUCUCUUGGCCAAGCGGGACGUGUAUAUCCCUUACCUCAUUAUAGCGUUGCAAACUGCGUCUCAGUUCAUUAUCACUUACACUAUUCCCAUUUACUUCCCUAUCGUGGCAGGAAUGUCAGUUGCUUCGGCUGGCAGUCGCAUCGUAUUUAUUGUUGUCGGUAAUGCCGCCGGUGGACUGCUUACGGGCUGGUACGUCAGCCGCACUGGGAGCUACAAGUCAGUCAUUUACAUGGCGACGACUCUUGGUGUUGUAUGUUACUGCUUAGUACUGGUUCGUUGGCACGGCAGCUCAAGCUUCUUUGACAGUUCAUACCUUGCACUCGGAGGAUUGGGUAUGGGUAGCACGCAAAGUACUACAUUUGUGCAUCUCGCUGUGGCACUGGAUGCCAAGGAUAUCGCUGUUGCUGGAACAACAUGGUUUCUCUGCCAGAGUGCUGGAAUGCUUGUGGCGGCGAAUGUUUACAAUAUGAUACACAACGUUGCGUUGACAGCCAUAUUGCAAUCUGCUUUGGAAGACGUCGCAAAUAAAACAGAGGCAAGUAACUGGCACUGA